CGGCAGCUGUCCGCCGUCAAUAAAAGCACGCGGCCCUCUGCAGGCGCGCGCUAUUAUCUUCGUGACGUUUCAUUGGAACGUUGUAGAUGGCGCGAAUGAUAUAUAUACAGUAGCUCUCCCGGCGCGACAGCUCACUUUUCUCGUGCGCAUCGAGGACGUUGUAUCGUGGUUCAAUCCGCAACUAGCCUUUCGACUGUACGAAAAUGCCCCCUAAAGCGAGUGGCAAAGCCGUGAAGAAGGCCGGUAAGGCCCAAAAAAAUAUCAGCAAGACCGACAAGAAGAAGAAGAGGAAGAGGAAGGAAAGUUACGCCAUUUACAUCUACAAAGUACUGAAACAAGUACACCCGGACACCGGAAUCUCCAGCAAAGCUAUGAGUAUCAUGAAUAGCUUUGUAAACGACGUAUUCGAAAGAAUCGCCGCGGAAGCGUCGAGACUGGCGCAUUACAACAAGCGCUCGACUAUCACGUCCCGGGAGAUACAGACGGCUGUCAGGCUCCUGUUGCCGGGUGAAUUGGCGAAGCACGCAGUCAGUGAAGGCACAAAGGCAGUAACCAAGUACACCAGUUCCAAGUAAAUUGGAGUUGGCUCCGAUUAUAAACGGCCCUUUUCAGGGCCAACAAGAAUUUCAAACGUAGACUCGCUUCGGUUUCGCAUCUUUAAAAUUACAUUCUAUAUAACACAAAUACAUUUAUAUAAUUUAAAUUGACUA